CCACAAAUUAUACUCUAUUGCUUCUUCCCGCUCACGUUUGAUUGGGAUUGGACAUCAGUGUUAGAAGAGCCGAGAUUAAGGGAAGGAGAUUGACGUGAGGAUAAUGUCUAGACGUCAUCUACAUUUACCAGACAAAGAAAAGGAAGCCAUGUUGAGGUUGAUUGUUGAAGACAUCAGUGAAGGAUAUUGGGUCAACAGGGCAGGAUGCAGGCCGUCCAGCAGGCUGCAACCCAGGGUGCGCACAUCAUUCAAACACCUAGUGGGCAGUUGAUGCUGCAGACGGUGGGUGGCUCAGGCUCUAUACAGGUGGCACAAGCUGGUGGUACUCAACAACUGCAGCAGCUUCAAGUUGUUCCAGCUUCUGGACUACAGGGAACCAAUCAUGUUGUUAGUGUUCCUGCUGGGUCAUCACAACAAGCACAGAUAAUCCAGACUUCAGAUGGUCAGGCCCUGGUCUAUCCAAUUCAAUUGGAUAGUCAGGGAAACGUAAUUCAACAGCAGCCAACAGUUCUGAAUGUUUCAGGUAACUUAAUCCAGUUAGCAAGUUCUCAAGGUGGGACUGUACCACAGAACCAGAGUCAAACAGCCCAGCAGACAACACAGACAGUACAGACUAAUCUUGCAAAUGUUGUCAUGGUUGGGAAUGGAGGUGUGGCACAACUACAGCGAAUACCACUUCCUGGUCCUGAACUACUGGAAGAAGAGCCCCUAUAUGUUAAUGCUAAGCAGUACCACAGAAUUCUUAAAAGACGUCAAGCCAGAGCAAAGUUAGAGGGUGAAGGCCGAAUACCUAAGGAACGAAAAAAGUACCUUCAUGAAUCCAGACAUCGGCAUGCCAUGAAUAGAGUAAGAGGAGAAGGGGGACGCUUCCAUAAAGGACAAGAAGACAUGAUGGACAAUCUAGGACUUGGUCUACAGAAUGGUAUGGAUGAACUGAUAACAGGAGAUCCUGUACAGACCCGAGUGACAGACACGAAAGUCUUUGUUACCUGAGGCAUUUCGGGAUGUUCUUCAGGUUCUGAGGAAGGUUAACGAGUGCUAAGUGCUGUUCUGCUAUAUAGCAAGGUUAAAGGACAAAGAGUGACAGUGGAACUAUGUUGCAACUUAAGUAGAAAAAUCAUAUCUUG